CUGUGCGCGUGUUCGUUGCUCUCUCUCGUUCUCCUGGCAGAUGAAGGACCGCAGGUGACCCCGACGACAUCUUCUAGAGGGGCCGGCAUCACUCUAGAAGCUCGCAAAGAUGUCUCAGUAUGCCGCAGAGCUUUGCAAGCUUCUAAUUACGGAUAAUUUUGGAGAGCUAUACGCUCUCAUCUUCAUCUACCUGCUCAACCAUGGCCGGCAACCGCUCCCUCGAAUCGUGCAGAACACCCACCUGUCUCCCCGGCAGGUCAAGCAUGGACUCGCCGUCCUCGUCCAACAGCAUCUCGUCUUCCAUUGUACCUCCCUCGACGAUGGUAUCACAUACUACGAAUCCAACUGGAGGUCCGCUUAUAACUUGGUGAGAUCGGGGAAGAUUAUACAGUUGGUCGAAGAAAGACUGGGUAACCAUGCAGCCAGCAUCGUGUCUACCCUCCUGGCACUUGGCCAUGCGAAAAUCAGCUAUCUCGAAUCGCUGCCUGAACUCCAACCGGGGCACGAACGUCCUGUGAAAGCAAAUGGCAUAAAUGGUGUCCACGGCGAAGAAGGCGAAGAUGUAAAUGGCGUGGAUGAUGACACGGAAAACCGUACGGAUCAUGCGCACGAUUACCAGCAAGACGGACCCGUUCGGGAACCCAAUGGUUACCAUGACUCCGACCCUGGGCUUCAGGUCCAGACGAUAUUGCAACAGCUUGCUGCUUUUGGCUUUAUUACUCGUGUCCGCAAUCAACAUUUUCAGAGCCCUGAGGAUAAUUUCGAUGCAGCGCUUAAGGCAGCAAAAAGCAACGGUGACUCCUACGGCCUGAAGGGUAACAAGCUGGAAGCCAAGCUUAUAGAGGACGCAGAGAAGCUCGUUAAAGAAUGGACUGAUGGUAGGAUAUCUCGGGCACUUCCAUCGGCGAGCUUGCUACGAGGGGUAAAACGACGCCUCCGAAAGGAUGAUUCAUCUGCUCCUAGGAAAAGGCUAAAGCUUGAUGGGCCUCUAGAGGAUGAUGUCAAGGACGAGGAUGAUGGGGAUGACUUUUCUGACGAUGAUUACCAUAGUGAUGAGAUGGCUGCAUUGGAUCCUAACAUGGUAAUUCGGGUCAAUUAUGAAAAGUUCAACGUUGCCUUGAGAAACCGACGGCUGAUUGAGCUAGCCGACCAGAAUGGAAGCGCAGUGACAUCUCAAGUAUAUGAAACACUGCUUUCGCACAUCGAAGUUCAAACUCCGACGUGUCGUGAACAUGUAGAAGCUAUUCCUGAAGGAGAAGAAGCGGAACAAUAUUCAGUCUCGAUUCGCUUGGAUACCAUUUCUAGAGACCUUGACAUUGACUUGGAUCUUGCUGGGGUAAUUGCCGGAAUUACACCCGAUAAUAUCAAUGGGAUUAAAGAGGAUGAGGAUGAUGAAGACGAGGAAGGCGGCCCUGUCAGCAUGAAACGACGCGGUCCGAGCCGCAAUUAUUUGGUUGAUCAGCACCUCUCCUUCCUCGCCGCAGAGCCGAGUUUCUUCUGCACCCGACGAAUGCAAGCGGGUAUGAUUACAUGGGCUGUGGAAUAUCGGCACCUCGCGAAAAAACUACGACAUCUGGAACUCGAGCGAUUAAUCGAAGCCCGCUUUGGCGGUUUUGCUGUCCGUAUUGUGAGAGUUCUUGCAGCCAAGGGCAAGUUAGACGAGAAACGCCUACAAGAGAUUAGUCUAAUGGCUUCGAAGGAUCUCCGCCAGAUUCUGGGUCAGAUGGCCAGCGCAGGCUUUGUGGAGCUGCAGGAAGUACCGCGCGACGCCCAGCGCCAGCCGUCCCGUACAAUGUAUCUUUGGUUCUACGAUCCUGACCGAGUUCGUUUCAUGGUAAUUGAGGAUACGUAUAAGAGCAUGUCUCGAUGCCUUCAACGAAUACGUGUUGAACGAGAAAAGUUGAAAUUUCUCCUUGAAAAGACAGAACGGUCCGAUGUCAAGGGAAAUGAGGACCGCUACCUGUCCGCAGCGGAGCUACAAACUCUAAAGGAAUGGAGGGAUACGGAGAAGUUGCUCUUGGGCGAAGUGGCUAGGUUGGAUGAAUUAGUUGCCGUGCUUAGGGACUACUGAGAUUUCUGUUGCGACUGGCCUUGGUUGGGCCUUCCUUUUUUUUUUUUUCGGUCUCACUUAUUCCUCUACUGGGCCUUUCACGGUGCAAAAUGGCGUGUGUCGGUCUAGCGAAAAAAAUAAAAAAUUGGGGCAUUUAAAGACAGGAUGGCAUUUACUUGGGGGCAUUGAAUGGAUAUCUAUGUUGAAUAUCAAAUGGAACUUUUGCAACAAUAGCAGAUUUU